AGAUCAGUUGCUGUUGGAGACCCUGAGCUCGGUUUCACUCACCAAGCGCCGCGUGACUGUGGUGUUCCCGCCGCGGCGAGAGAGCGUCUGUUUUUCUCCAGUUUUUGGUUUGUUUGUGGAUUUAAUUCCGAACCUGUGAAGUUUGGACCUGUUUCUCGCGGAAAAUGAGCUCCGUGUCAUGGAGAGGUAUGAGUGUUUAGGGCUGGUGGGUGAGGGAAGUUACGGCACGGUCACAAAGUGUCGCCAUCGGGAGAGCGGCAGGAUCGUGGCUGUUAAGAAAUUUCUGGAAAGUGAGGAUGAUAAGAGUGUGAAGAAGAUCGCACUGAGGGAGAUCAAACUGCUGAAGCAAUUGAGGCAUGAGAACCUUGUGAAUCUGCUGGAGGUGUGGAAGAAGAAGCGGCGCUGGUAUCUGGUGUUUGAGUUUGUGGAGCGGACGGUUCUGGACGAGCUUGAGCAGUUCCCUAAUGGCCUGGAUCCGAACCGCAUCCGCAAAUAUCUGUACCAGAUCCUCCGUGCCAUCAGCUUCUGCCAUCAGCACAACAUCAUCCACAGGGAUAUAAAGCCAGAGAACGUUCUGGUGUCCCAGCAGGGAGUGGUAAAGCUGUGUGAUUUCGGAUUUGCUCGUACCAUGGCGGCUCCAGGGGAGGUUUAUACAGAUUACGUCGCCACACGCUGGUACAGAGCACCAGAGCUACUGGUCGGAGACUCUAAGUAUGACAAAGCAGUAGAUGUUUGGGCUACAGGGUGUUUGUUCGUUGAGAUGUUGACCGGUGUUCCAUUGUUUCCUGGGGACUCUGACAUAGAUCAGCUCUACCACAUUAUCAGGUGCCUCGGUAGCCUGACCCCACGCCAGCAAGAGAUUUUCUACAGGAAUCCGCUGUUCUCCGGAGUCCGUCUGCCGGAACCCCCAGACAGAGAACCACUAAACACACGCUUCCCUCAACUCACUGGAGCCACUGCUGACCUCACACAGAAAUGUCUGCAGAUGGAUCCGGAGAAAAGAGCCCAGAGUUCUCAGCUCCUCCACCACGACUUCUUUACCAGAGAUGGCUUCCACCUCCGGUUCCACCUCGGCUCAGCUUCUAAGGCACCAAAGAACCUGAAGGAAAACCCCAGAGUGUUUAAAAGCACAAAGAGAGAGAAGGAGGACGUGGUAAAGAGAGAGAGGGACGAGCCAAUGAAGAGAGUCAGUGAUGACAUUGCACAAAGAGAGAAACUGGACACGGAGGAGAAGAAUGGAGUGGUGCUAAAGGUCAGAGAGAUCACUGUCAAGGAUGCUGGACUUAAUGACCCAAACAACAGACCACCCAGAGUUGGACCUGAGGGAGGAGAGAUCACACACACCUCUAUCGGGAAUAAACACAAGCUGGAAGAUACACAAACUCUUUCUGAGAACUCAACAACAGCAUCCAGACCUCCUGAACCGAUCCCUAAAAACUGUCCCGCUCCUGCCCCUGCUCCCGUGAUACCCCCUCUUCCCCACAGCCCCCUGACCAUCAUUACUAAUGCAGCCAGCAUGACCACGGGACCCUCACUGACAACCAUCACCCUCAGGUCUGUAGAGAAGUCCAAGAAAAACGUGAAUAUGUUCAAUAGAUUCUCACAGCAGUCUCUGUCCAAUCACCUCUCAGGAGCUCCUACAGCACAGGUGGGGCCAGAACGCAGUGUGGGGCCAGAGAGAUCAUUUCAGUUCAAAGGGAAUGCAGCGGGGAAUGCUGGGAGGAGAAAAGGAGAAAUACGCUUUCCUGAACUACGCAACACACUCCUGCCAGAACGCAAAGCAGAUGGAAAACACAGCAAAAAGAAAGACACCAGAAUACCCUCCAUCACUACAGGAGAGCUACAUCUGGAUAGAAACAUAUAAUACACCAAUAACACACACACACACACAUGCAUUUUUCACUCAUAAACUCAUCAUCAGAUUAUCAUUAAAUUUGAUGCACUAAACUCGGACUGCUCAUUAUCAUUGGUGAUUUUCAUAAGAGAGCGCUUAAACAAUGGUUAAAAAAAUUACCUCUCUGUCUGUUUGUACAUCUUUUUACAAAUUUCCAGCAGGAUCUGGAUAAGCCGAUUACAAGUGCUACAUUGAUAUUAUUGUAAUUAUUUAUUAUUUAUUAUUUAUACUUUAAUAGCCAAAUGCAUAUAAUAACAUAUUGAUCAUGCUAACUACUGCAUACUCAUUUCCAAUUAUUAUUAGCAUCAUUAGCAUUUCUGGAUGUCCGUAGUUUUUAAUCUUUGUUGGACAACCUGCUUUUAAUGUCACAAAAUCUAGUUUAAAAGAGGACUCGUCUGUUUGCAGUUACAGGGUCCUAUUUUAGUAUUCUAUAGGCGAUCUGUCACCUGUGCACUAUACAGUUUAAUUUAGGGUGGGUCAGUCUGUUAUUGCUAUCGUAAAAACGGGAAGAGCAUGCCUUGCAUGGCCUGAAACGCACAAAAGGCAUGUACUAAUUUUCUUAAUUAGUCAUAAAAGUGUUUUGGGUGUAACGUGAAAUAAACCAGUCAGCGUGCCUUUUGCUAUUCUAUUUAAGAAACAGGUGCACUCUGACUUUGGCAGAUUACUAUUUCAACGGCGCAGAGCUUCUGCAUUUCACACUGUUAAGGUGCGCCUUCAUGUAAUUUAUGGAAACAGCAAUGUAAUUUAUUCUGUAUUCUGUUUAUUAUUGAUGUUAAAGUUGGGUUUGUGGCAGUGUGGUCACUGUAAGAAACCUAUUUUUUUCUCAUUUCUCAGAUGUGGGACCAAUUAAAGAUGUAUCAUACAGCAGUUAAUGUAAGAAGUGUAGUUUUACAGGAAAACUAGUUCUGGCUCUGCUACUAUUGAAGUUUUGACCAGCCUUUUUAUGCAUCUUAUGCACUUAUUUGAUGCUUAUUUUUAUUGGGUGAAAAAACACAAGUAAAAUAGUCAGCAUCACUUAGCAUACAGUGGUUACUUCAGAACUCACUUAAGAAAUGGCCCUGCACUUAAAAAAAUCUGGCCUGUUUAAUGUUUUGCAAUUAUUCAUAUCUUUGUUGUCCAAUGAAAAACAAGUAUCUCAAAAUCAGCAACUUAUCAGGAGAGAUAAAACUUCUAAACUUUCAACAGAAGUCAAUGUAAAAAUAGUAAAAAAAAUUUAAUAGGUAAUUUUUAAGUACUUCUAUUGGUAGGUUUAUAAGAAAUUUUAGCACUGUUAAAAUUAUGUAGUAAACUAAAAAUCACCAAAAAUUUCAUUGGACAGCGACAAUAUACAUCAGUAAAUUUACAUUUUGAAGGAAUAUCUUUGUAUGUCUCUGAAGGAGUUAAAGGAUGUUUCACAGUCAGGGGGAUUGCCCAUUCUGCAGCUCACUAUAAGCUUUUAAAACUGCACUGUUAGCCAAAUCUGUUCAGCAUUAAUCACACUCAAUAAAAGACUUCAGACUUU